UACUCUUCCAUGGCUCUCUCUGUCAGCACCACUCUUCUCCUGAUCAUCUCCUGCUGCCUGUGGAAUACAGAAGCCCACAAUUACAAAUAUGUGCUCACUAUACCAAAUGGAGGUCCCUGGGGUGCCUGGGGCUCCAGCGAGUUUUGCUCUGAAGGCUAUGCAAAUGGCUUCUCCCUGAAGGUAGAAUCCCGCCAAGGGAGAGGGGAUGAUACAGCUCUGAAUGGAAUCCGUUUGUACUGUGCCAACGGCCAUACAAUUGAGUCUACAGUUGGACGGUGGGGAACCUGGACUGCCCCCCAGAUCUGCCACUCGGGCUACCUGGUUUCCUUUUCUCUGAGAGUGGAACCCCCUCAAGGAAGAGGUGAUGACACAUCAGCUAACAACAUCCAGUUCACCUGCAGUCAUGGUCAACCCCUGCUGGGCAAAGGCCAAAGUUGGGGUGAUUUUGGCCCAUGGAGCAUUCGCUGCCCCUCAACUGGUAUAUGUGGCAUACGAACAAAGGUGGAGGGAAUUCAGGGCAAGGGUGAUGACACAGCACUGAAUGAUGUCAAGUUUUACUGCUGUUAAUGGCUGAUACAUAUUUUGUCACCUAGAAAUACACUUUUAUGCUAUACCUUUCCAAAGACUGUUAAUUAUAGUUCAAUAUUAACUUGAGAAGAGAGGGUAUGUUUGUGUAAAAUGUGGUGGUACACGGUAACACUUUCCUAGGUGUGUCUUUUUAUGAUUCAGAUCAGAGAGAAAUAAAUGUGGUGGCAGAAAUCUCAAGCAUUGCAAAGAUUAAUUACCUCUUCUCUAUCAUUUUGAAUGAAGUCACAGAACCAAACUGUAAUUGUGUAUUACUGUUUUCUUGCUUGCAAAUAAAAUUAUGUUGCA